AUGAGCUCCUUACUAUUAGAAACAGAACCGCAAGACUCACUUCCCUUUGUGAAAGAUGCAACGCCAUCUUUCGAGACCAAUGAGCGUAUUUUAGCCCCAUCCAUCGAGGAAGUGGACUCGAAUCCCGAUGAAUUGCGCACUUUGCGUGGUAAAGGUCGAUAUUUCGGGGAUCCGGACCCAUCAGAGUACAUUUUAGAAGCAGAACCCAAAUGUAAUAAUUGCUCGCAACGAGGCCAUCUCAAGAGAAACUGUCCGCACGUCAUUUGUUCGUAUUGUGGAUUGAUGGACGACCAUUAUUCACAACACUGUCCAAAAGCCAUUAGAUGCGCCAACUGUAACAGAGAGGGCCACUACCGUAGUCAGUGUCCACACAAAUGGAGACGUAUCUAUUGUACCCUGUGCAAUAGUAAGAAUCACGCCCGGGACCGCUGUCCGAGCAUCUGGAGAAGUUAUUACCUGCUUGACGGUCAGAAAAGGCGAAGCGUGGCAAUGCACAAAAUAUAUUGCUACAACUGCGGUGGUAAAGGUCACUUUGGAGAUGACUGUUUUCUUGACAGAUCUUCAAGAGUCCCCAAUGACGACGGGAGUGCAUUUUCUGGCAACAAUCUACCCCAGAAGGUCCAGCAAGACUACUUCACACAUCUAGACCGGUGCCAGGAUGACUACUCGCUCGACUUGGCCCAAGAAGACGACUAUAGAGGCAGAAAAAGAGGCAUAUAUUCCAGUGAGGGUCUCGAAAGAGGCGGGUACAACGAGAGUUCGAAUUCGCUCUCGAACUCCAAGAAAUUCAAGAAAAGAAGCCGAAGAAAUGAAGAACAGGGCCCUAAAUCAAAUUCGCGAUUCAAAUCGAGCACGGUAAACUCCAACUUUUAUCCGCCUCCAUAUCAAAAAGGAAAGGCCGCCCCCAAACCAUCGUCCAGAGGAAUUGUUCUUCCACCUAAAGGAAACCGCAAAAAUCCCCUCGACUUUCCGCGUUCUUCGAGACCCCAACACCAACGUUUUGACUACUAA